AUGUCGAAUUUGUCAAAGCUUGAAUUUGUGGCACUUGACAUUUCUGGAAAGAACUAUUUGUCAUGGGUACUUGAUGCUGAAAUUCACCUUACCGCUAAGGGUCUUGGUGAUUGUAUAAUCGAAGGAAAUAAGGCAUCAAGUCAGGAUAAAGCGAAAGCUAUGAUUUUCCUUCAUCAUCAUCUUGAUGAAAGCAUGAAGGUUGAAUACUUAACAGCGAAAGAUCCACUUGAAUUGUGGAUAGGUUUGAAAGGGAGGUAUGACCACCUCAAGGCAACUGUAUUGCCAAGGGCUCGUUAUGAGUGGAUGCACUUACGGUUUCAAGAUUAUAAAACUCAUAAUGACCUUUUAAUGAAAAAUCAUGAAGCCCGUUCCACUAGAAGUGCUCCAUUACCGGAGGCCCAUGGGGUAGAAGCACACGACCAGUCUGAAAUAAGACAAAAUAAUCGGGACCAUGAUAAUGUGCGUAGACGUGGCAAAGGCAAAAAACGAUAUAAUAAUCGUCGAGGUGGUGGUCAUAACAAAAAGGAGAACAAUAUGGGUUCUCAAAAUAAUCUUUCAAAAGGCAAGGGCGAUCACUGUCAUUGUUGUGGCCUUAAAGGUCACUGGAAAAAUGAAUGUUGGGCACCUGAGCAUUUUAUCAGGCUGUAUCAAAAUUUCUUUAAAAGGAAAGGGAAUAAAGGUGGUGCCUCCUCUUCUAAUGCCCGAGUGGAGUCACAUUUGACUCUAAAAAAUGAUGCUCAGGCAGGUUCUUCUCAAAAAUACGAUGAGAAUGUUGAGGCGAAUUUAGCAUUGAAAGAUGAUGCUUUUGAUGAGCUCGAUGAUAUUACUCAUUUAGAAGUUGAGGACUUCUUUGGGGAUCACAAUUGA